CACCACUUAUGUUAUGGCUCUAUUCUGUGUCAGUUUUGUAAAUUUUGAAAUUUCAGGAAGCCAUAGGUCUUUUAUUUAAUUAUUAUUAAAAGUGAACAGUCAAUAGAUGUAUUGCGGUUAAAUGCAUAGCAUAUUUCAUAGCAUCAAUUGAUAUUUAUUCAAAUUGUUUUCAUCACGUAGCAAGUGUUAGCUUUCUGCAUAAUGGAGAUGGAUGAUACCCAUAUGAACCUUCUAAAGGACAUGAUCUUAGAUGAAGGAAAAUUGGUUACUUAUUUAACAUUGGCAAAAGAUCUUUGUAUACACAUUAACCAUAGUAAACUAUUGAUGCAUAGAUUUAUUAAAUCUACUCGUGAAGGGAAUCCUAAACAAGAGCUUAACAUAAACUUUUUGAUAUCUGGUUUAAUUGACGAAAAUAAAGUCAGGAUAACCGCUUGCCCUGAAGAUAAGUUGGAAGAACGUAAGAAAAUGUUUAAAGUUGUCUAUUUCAUUCACAUAUAUAGUAUUUGCAAAGGAAGGCAAAAGGAAAAUUCGGCAGCAUUGGUGACCAUAACUAAAUAUGAUGAUUUUAACUUAUGUCCUGGCAUUAUUAAGAGUCAGGCCAAUGUCAAGAGAUCUGAUGAAGAAAUUUGUAUUCUUAAAAGUAGGAGUCAGAAAAAAAAUGUAAAUCAGGUAGAUCCACAAGCAAAAAAGGCAAAACAAGAAGAUAAGUUGAAACCUUCGAAGAGUGUAAAUGAAGUCAAUGGUAAAGCCCUUAAAUCUGAACCUGAUAUUGAUAUCAAAAAAGAAAUUAUUUCCCCUAAAAAAGAUUUAAAUCCAAAACACAAACCAAGUACUCAUAAGGGAAUUGCGGGAUUUUUCAAUAAACAAAAUGGAAUUAGCAACAAAAAAGAAAAUAAGAUUACAGUAGAUUUAAAGGCAACUAGCCACAAAGCAGCAGAUGUUUCUAAAACAGAACAGGAUGCAGUAAAUGAUAUAAUGGAUGUUGAUGACCAAGAAGAAAUGGAAGUUAAAAAGGAAGCAAGAAAUGAAAGUAUAAUGAAUGAUAAUAAAAUACUAAAUAAUAUCAAAAAACAUUCAAAAGUAGAUAAGAAACGCAAAAGGGUGUUGCGGGUUUCUGACAGUGAUAGUGAAGAAGAGAAUGAUCCUUUUGUUGCUGAGGAAAACAAAGAAAUUGCUCCUGAAUCUGAUGAAGAAAUUCCACCAACUCCAGUUGCAAAUAAUUUAAAAAUAACAUCAGGAAUUGUUAAUCCUAGAAAGAAGAGAAAGGUUAUAGAUAAAACAUAUAUGAGUGAUGAUGGUUACAUAAUUACUAAAAGAGAAGAGGUUUAUGAAAGCUGUUCUGAUUCUGAAAGUGUAAACAAAGAGGUGUCCAUUAAAAAAGAAAUUAAAGAAGAGAAAUUACAAAUUUCUCCGAAAACAAAACCUAAGGAUGUGAAGAAUUCACCAAAGAAGAAAAAAGCUUCCCCACCUCAGAAGGGAAAACAAGCUACAUUAAUGAAUUUUUUCAAAAAAAAGUGAUGUAAUUUAAAAUUGAUCAUGGAAUUAUAUUUGUUACAAUUCACAUUUGUAAAGGUACCUUAAACACCUAUAAAUUACAACUCGGGUUACUUUGAAUUAGGAUUUUUAUGGAUUAGGCAAUGUCCUACUUUGUACAAAACAGAUUUAUUUCUUUCAAAAGCCCUAUAUAUUUAUUUGUCAAAAGGUUUUUCAGAAGCCUAAGUGUAAACGUAUGGAGCACCUCUACAUCAGGAUGUCUUGAAAAAUCCAGUACAAAAUAUCCUGGUGCAUAUAGUAAUGUUUAUAGGAAGAAAUAUGAUUUUGUUUACACCAUUUGUGGCAGCACUGUAUUAUGAAAACACAAAGCUAUCGCAUGUAUGUUCUUGUAUUUAUUAUGGGUCAAUCAUUCUAUUAUGUAUAACAAUCCUUA